AUGUUCAACCAAGUGACAGUUUCCCUUGUCCCAAGUCAUGAUGAAAAAUGGAUGCUUUUCCAUUCGGAAGUCAACGAAAUGAUUGUCACGAAAACUGGUCGCAAUUUCUUCCCAAAACUGGAGUACAUAGUCGAAGGACUCGAUCCCAGCAAGUUGUACGCCAUGAUGAUUCAAAUUGAACCUGUCGGAGAUAGUCGUUACAAAUUCAGUAACGGAAAAUGGGCGGUCUCGGGAAAAGGAGAUGUUCACGCAGAAGCAAAGAAGGCGUGGCACGCUGAUGGAGUUAGAUCUGGAAAAGAAUGGAUGGACACUACAGUAGCCUUCGAUCGACUCAAAAUCAGCAACGAUUUGCAGACAAGAAAUGCGUGGAUGAUUCCACUUCAUUCCAUGCACAAGUAUGUCCCAGUGCUCACAAUUUAUGAAUCUCCUUCCGAGAGUCCAUUUGUCGCAAACUCAUCGAAUCAAUGUAUCGCGUCAGUCAGAAUUCCACAUACUGAGUUUAUUGCUGUAACAGCAUACCAGAAUCAAAAAGUGACCGAGUUGAAGAUUAAAUUCAAUGACUACGCUAAGGGAUUCCGUAAGGAGAAAGAGAACAGAAAGAGAAGAUCUCCAUCCGACUUUGACUACUCAACAGAUUCGACGGAAAGCACAUCAAAAUCCUCUUCUCCGCAACCAAAAUAUUCUCGUGCAAGCUCUUCAUCUCCCCCCGAAUUUGAUCUACCCUCACCAAGUCAACCAAUCAAUCCAUUCCUAUUCUCUCUUCCUCCAUUUUCUCAAAUGGUCUCUGGAAACAUGCCAUCUCUCCCAUUCUUCCCAUUCGGAAUGCCUCCAUUCUCUACAACUCCAACUCCGUCUUCUCCUAAAUCCAGUCCACGUUCAUCGUCUUCUCCAGAAAUUUCGAUUCCUUCUGAUUCUUCCGAAAAAGAAUUGACAGUGAUUAAGGAAGAGCCGGAAGAAUCUGAGGAAGACAUUGAUGUUCUGAACUAA